AUGACGGAGGUGUUCCUGCACGUUUACGACGUGCAGUCUGACUCGGAAAAGACCAACACGCGUCUGAAGAACUUCAAUUGGUUUGUGAAGGACGUCGUGGGCGUCGGGGGGAUCUUUCACGGGGCGAUCGAGGUGCUGGGAUACGAGUGGUCGUUCGGGUACUGCGAGGAGGGAUCGGGGGUGUAUCCGUGUCGCCCGAAAGUGAACCCGAUGUACAACUACAAGGAGACGGUCAGUCUGGGGCACACGGCGCUCAGCACGGAGGAAAUCAAGGCCAUCUUGCGUGAUAUGCAAUACCACUGGCCGGGGCAGUCGUACCACAUCCUCGACCGCAACUGCAACGGCUUCUGCGAGGAGCUCGCGCGGCGCCUCGGGGUCAAGGUGCCCCCCGGCUGGCUAAAUCGCCUGGCGCGCGGGAGCUCGGGCGUCAUCGGGGCGUACAACACGGUCUCCGGCGCGUGCAGCAAGAUGUACGCGGACAUCAAGAGCUGGGUCAACACGAAGCCCGCGAACCCGCCCGUCGGCGGCGAGCCCCUCAUACAAGGAGCCGACCAGGGCGGCAUGCAGCGACAACCGCGCUACGUGCAGCGGGUCGUGCCGCCCGAGGACGCAGUGGUCCAGCGCUGA